AUGGAGACGGUAUUAUCAAUUUCUCGUGCAUCUGAUUGGUGCUGUAUGCCUAUCUUCUCAUUCUUCUUGUUUUUCUCUACAAUCCUUUCAUUUUGCUCAAAUACCUUCCAAUCGACCGGAAUUACAUCUGCUGAAGGUGGAAGCAGUCGGGAUCGUACACUCUGUCUGGUCUGGUACAGUAUGGACAUUUUCUUUACUGCGACCACCAUAAUUCAUUUGUGCACCAUCUCACUCGAUCGUUACCUGGCCCUGAGACGACCGUUCCGACGAAAUCGAGGCAUACCACGCAUAUGUCACAGUUUAGUUGUUCGCAUUGUGAUGUGCUGGUUUGUUCCAUUCUCCAUUGCCGGUCCACUGUUCAUAUUCGCUUUGCAACAAGAACAACAGGGGUUGGAUAUUGUGGAACCUCUACCGGUCACCGAGACCUACUAUGAACCGGUGCCAUCGGCGAACCGCACUCAACUGAUCGAGUCGGACAAUUCAGAUGUGACCAAAUCAUACAAAGGUUGCGGACCGAACGAUCCUAGUUUCGUGCUCACAGCAAUCGGUGUGACAUUUGUGCUCCCCCUGAUCAUCAUGACAACCACCUAUGUGUUGACCGUGCGCACCCUGCAACAACAUAUGGAACAGGUCAAGGCGAUUCGACUGUACAAACCAACCCAUACGCGCGCAGCGCGUAGCACAACACCCUACUUGAAACGCGCGCAUUCCGAACGGGUCUCGUUCCCGGGUCGAAAGUCCAGUAUUCUGAUGCAAAAUGUGAGCACACGAAGUGGGAAUUCGGGUGCAAUCAGUCGACAGCCAAGUGAUAUUGUGCAACACAAACCAUCUGUGUCCAGACAAUCCCCAGACUGGCCGACGGAGCAUCCGUCAGAUAAAUCUGAUAUGCCUUGUUCAAACAAUGGGAAGGUAACACCGACGGAAACAGAGAAUCGAAUGGUACUGGAAGUCGACAAUCAACAGACCGAAUCGAUCAAAGCGCGAAUACUGAACAAGACCUAUGAUAAUGAAGGUGCAGCGAUCACAUCAAACGAGACGGAUAUGCAAAGUGCCGAAAUGAAACUGACUGUUUAUCAAGGAUACAAACGUGUUUUGUCCACGGAUGGGACUAACAGCGGUCUGUCACAUUUUCCCACGUUCGCACGAAUUCACAGUGGAAAACGAGCGGUUCGAGUGAUUGGAGUCUUGUUUGGAUUAUUUGUGACCUGUUAUUUGCCCUUUUUUAUUGUGUAUAUUAUUGAUGUGAUGUGUGUGGAGUGUAAGAGUUGGACGACAAUUGUGAUUCCCCAUUUGGAAUGGCUUGGCUAUCUCAGUUCGAUGCUCAAUCCGGUUGUGUAUCACUCAUUUAAUCCGACUUUUCGUCGAACAUUUCGACGCAUAUUUCGCUGUGCGUGUCGUUCCCUCCCGGAUCAUCAUGCGAUAUGGUGUAGGCGAGUACGAAUCUGA